AUGUUGUUCUCCUCUUGUUAUAUGGACCUUUUUCAUCAUGCUGGUCGUGAAUACCUCGUGAUUAGGGACAAAUAUUCCGGCUGGGCUGAGGUUUACGAUUGUGGGCGUGGAGUGUCAACCGAGGACGUAUGCCAACAUAUUCUGGCAUGGUGCAUGCAAUUGGGCGUGCCCCGUCGCUUGGCUUCGGAUGGUGGCCCUCAAUUCAAAUCCAAAGAGUUUGCCGAGUUCUGCACAACUUGGGGGAUUAAGCAUGAUCCGUCUUCGCCCCAUCAUCAUGAGAGUAAUGGCUUUGCCGAGGACAUGGUCAAGUCCAUGAAGAGAAUGGUUCAAAGGAUCGCUCCCAAUGGAAAGAUUGGUACUCCUGGCUUUUUCAACGCCAUGCUCGAGUACCGAAACACGCCGAGAAAGGAGGGUGUGUCCCCCGCCCAGCGGCUUUUCGUCCAGAUUUGUGCAGUGCAUUGA